AGUUCACUUUAAAUUGAAACAAAAAAACAUUUUUAUAAAAAAUACUUUAUGAUGAAGCUUAUAAAAUUAACUUUUAUUCUUUGUACUUAUGCUUUAGUUUUUGGAGCAGAAAAUGUUAAUAAACAACCUAAAGCAAUCCUAAUUGAAGCUAUAGAACAAGAUAAUAUCGAUGAAAUGUAUAUUGACAUUCUUGAGAGCAUCACAGAAGCUUUUGAAUACGGAGCUUCAUGUCAAGGAAAAAUGCAAGUUCUCGUAGCAUAUUUAAAACUUAGAGAUUCUACCGCUCACUUGAAGUGGGUUGCUUCAGAAGAGCCCUGCGGGUUUUAUCACAACAGUGAUAUUUAUGGUUAUUUUGAGGUUACCGACAGUUACGGCGCAAAAUCUAAUAUUAAAAUAAUUGGUUAUGCAUAAAUUUUAUAAUUUCAAUAAACAGAUUUAAAAAGUUA